AUGCCAGAGGAUCCUCAUCCUCUCUCUGCUCUCCGUCUCUGUUUUCGCGCCCAUCAUCUUCGUCUCCCAAAGGCUAAAAAAUCUCUCAACUACUGGGCGGAAGGAAUUCAUAGAGGAUUUGUCGAAUAUUGUAUGAAUCUUUCAUCUUUCAUCUCAGUUUCGAAAUACAGGACUGAUGGUUUGAAACUUAGUGUUGAGCAGGAAGCGAGUGAAGGCUUGAAAGAACCCAGAAAAGUUCUAUAUGAAGAUAAGGAUUUGGUUUCUACUGUUAGUUACACUCUUAAAGAGAAUCACGACGCUAAGGAAUCUGGAAAUGUGGGAGACACUACUGAUAUGCUAGAAAGAACUGAAAAUGGAACCAAAUAUGAGAACCAAGACGGAGAUAAUCAAUUUCAGCAGAGAGAAAUAUCAUCCAUGUCUGGGGAAAAGAAACAAUUGAACCAAGAAAUAGUCCAGCAAGAUCAGAAUGCACACUCUCAGUCACGGAAAGUAAUAGAUGGGAAAAUAAAACAGUUGAAAGAUGUAAAACCUAACCGUGCAGUUCCACACGACCAGAAUGUGCAAAAUAUGCGGAAAGUGACAGAGAGGAUAAAUGAGAUGAAAGAUCAAGUGGUUAGAGCUAAACUAUACUUGAGUUUUACACCACCAGGCAGCAAGUCGAAUCUCGUGAAGGAGUUGAAACUGCGAAUUAAAGAGGUGGAACGAGCAAUUAGUGGAGCCACCAAGGAUUCAGAUUUAUCAAGGAGUGCUUUGCAGAGAAUGAGAAACAUGGAGUCUUCACUAUCUAAAGCCAGCCGUGCUUACCCAGAUUGCUCCUCGAUGACCACAAAACUCCGUUCUAUGACUCAGAACACUGAAGAGCAAGUUCGGUCGCAGAAGAAGCAAGUCUCUUAUCUUUUUCACCUUGCUGCAAGCACAACUCCGAAAGGUCUUCAUUGUCUUUCUAUGCAGCUGACUGCAGAAUACUUUGCUCUGGAUCCCAAGGAGAGGCAGUUUCCUAACCAACAAAAGUUGCAUGAUCCAGAGCUCUAUCAUUAUGCUGUCUUCUCUGACAAUGUUCUGGCAUCUACAGUGGUUGUGAACUCCACUGUUUCCAAUGCCAUGGAACCCGAGAAGAUUGUUUUUCAUGUGGUGACUGAUUCACUCAAUUUUCCAGCAGUCUCAAUGUGGUUCUUAUUAAAUCCUCCUGGCAAAGCCACAAUCCAAGUCCAGAGCAUAGAGAGUUUUGAUUGGUUGUCUACCAAGUACCAUGCAGUAUUAAGGCAAAACUCCAGUGACCCUAGAUAUGCUUCUGAACUCAACCACCUCCGAUUCUAUCUGCCAGAAAUCUUUCCUACUUUGAAUAAGAUUGUGCUCUUUGAUCAUGAUGUGGUGGUGCAAAAGGAUCUAACUAGAUUAUGGAGUAUCAAUAUGAAAGGGAAAGUAAAUGCAGCUGUCGAGACUUGUCAUAAAAGUGAAACUUCCUUCCAUCGGAUGGAUGCAUUUAUCAACUUCUCAGAUCCAUUUGUAGCAAAGAAGUUCCAUGCCGAUGCAUGCACUUGGGCAUUUGGCAUGAAUUUGUUUGAUCUUCAAGAGUGGAGGAGACAGAAUCUAACUACUGUCUACCAUAAAUACUUGCAAUUGGGCAAUAAGAGGCCAUUGUGGGUGGCUGGGAGUUUGCCCUUAGGUUGGGUCACCUUCUAUAAAAAGACAGUAGCUUUGGACAGGCGAUGGCAUAUCCUUGGGCUGGGUUACGAGUCUGGUGUGGUUCGUGCUGACAUUGAUCGAGCGGCAGUAAUACACUACGAUGGAAUUAUGAAGCCAUGGUUGGAUAUUGGGAUUGGGAGGCAUAAGGGUUAUUGGAGCAAAUAUGUGAACUAUGAAGACUCUCAUCUGCAACGGUGCAACAUACAUGCGUAG